AUGGAUCCUCCCAGAAACCGGAAACAACGACGAGCUGCUACGGCCGCCUCGCAGACAGACUCCUUCGAUCCGUCCUCUAUCCCGAUGGCUCAUCCACCCCGAACACCGAAACGAGAUACACAGGGGAAAACGCUUGUCGAUAUCAUCUCAGAACGGCAAGCUGAACUUUUGGGGAAAGUCGACGGGGAUACUGGCUCGAAACGCGAACCACAGCUUGUCACGAUUGAUCCAGCAUCAGGCAAGAUCUCUGGCAUGGACGCAACGGAAUUCGAUGCCUCAAGCUUGGGAAGGAUGCGAAACGGACACACCGAUACAAAUGGGAAUGAAGAUACCGGGAAAGAACAGCAUGAUAAAAACAACGACGAUGAUUCGGAAGCGCCAAUCCCACCGUUGAUCGACACGAUUCUGCUCUCAGUGCCGCUGACGACUCUCCAUAUGACAUUGGCCUACCUCGCGGCCCAUCAGUAUGCAGAAACCAUCCAGCUGGACAGUAUCCUGCGUGAAUCGAUAUUCGUCGCCUUUCCUAUAUUGACUCUGAUGAUCCAUCUCGCCCACGGUCAUAUCAUGUCUUUCCCUGGAGAUGCCGUCUCGCAGUCCAACACAAUAUCUCUCUUCCCCUGGAGCCGAGAUAAGCUCUCGAUUUCAUUCCUUCGAAAGCUCCUUUUCCCGCCUUCGCUCCGGACCAUGACAUUCCUUCCUCUCGCCGUUCUGCUCGGGGUUAAACUGAUGGUCAUGACUAAUGAGGAGCCCUACUAUGCUGUCAUGAAACGGGCCCCUGCAAUCGGCACGCUCUGGGUAUGGAGCAUCCUCGAAAUUCAGGUGGGAGCAGCUAUUCUGGGCGCACUGGGGCCCUUGAUUUGGGGUGUGUGGUGGAAGGGGUAUGGCAUUCUCUGA